AUGAUUAGAGAGAGAUAAUUUGAAGUAAUUAAAACAUAAUAAGUAAAUUAACACCUAUUAUGCAGUAUUUGCAGAGAAGUGUUUUAUAAUCCAAUAAGAGCCACUUGUGGGCAUACUUUUUGUGGGACUUGCUUGGUUCGUUGGAUUCAGAUGAAAAAAAGUUGUCCUUUAUGUCGACAUAAACUUGAACGCAACUAUCAAUUCGACAAAGACAUUCUAGCAACCAAAAUUGUUGGUGAUAUUGAAGUCAAAUGUCUAAGAUGUUAAUCUUGGGAGGGAACCUUGGCUUAAUUUAAAUAACACAAAAAAUCAUAAUGCACUUAUAUCUCAACUAACAAUGAAAUCCAUCAGGAUGCUAUUGAAAUUGGAGAUGAUGAAGAAGAAUUUACAUUUGCUGGUCUAACAGAAGAAAACGAACCUAGAUAAUAAAUCAUCGAAAAUAUUGGGUAAUAAAUUUUGGCUUAGAUUGAUUAAUCCUAAAAUCCAGAAUCACAACAACCACUCUAAUAAAACCAGAAUCUAACUACCAUUCAAUAGGAUUCCCCUUAGGAAACUAAUGCAAAUAAAGAUCCAAUUUCUGAUCAAGUAGAAAAUCCAAAUAACAGUGAAGAAUUAAAUAUAGAGCUCUCGCAAAAGAAUCCAGAUAACAUCGAUAGUAAUAAUAAUAAGUCCUAAAAUGAUGAAAAUUAAAUUAAUAAUACAUUUGUUUAGGAUGACUCAAAUAAUUAAAAUAAUUCAAAUCAAUAAGUUGAGUAAAAAAUUAGCUAAGUUAGUGAAGUCAUUAAUCAGUAAUAGGAAUAACCUUAAAUUCCAGACUCUAAUCCAAAAGAUAUAUAAAUUGCAAAUUAAAUUAAUAAUUAACCUGAUGUAAUUGAACAAUAAGGGAAUGUACAAUAAGAGAAUGCACAAUAAGAGAAUGCACAAUUAGCAGUAGUGGAGAAUGAAUAGAAUUAAAUUCAAAAUGAAUCAAAGGAAGAUCAAUCAAAUUAGAAUAACGAAACUAAUCAAUCUAUAGUUGAGUAAUUUAAAAUAAAUGAUCCUGAUGUUGAAAUAAUAAAUCCUACUAUUAAGUACUAAAACAAUAAGGAACUUAAAUAGGUCAAAGCAAAUAAGAAAUUCAAAAUAAAUAUACUCAGAAAUAAUAAUAAUGUUAAAAUUGCAGAACCUAUGAUGGAGGAAAUAAAUGAUAACUUGUUUUAUGAAUUUGUUGAUUAGAUGAAAAAAGAAAUGGUUAAAAAACUAAGUGACAUCUAAUACUAUAAUACUUUGCUUGGAUGA